AUGGACCAACCACCAAAAAUUCAAUCAGACGUAGACAAUCUUGUAGACAUAAUGAAGACAACAUUCAACAGAGCUGCUAUCAGUGCAAUUGAAGAAGCAACAAGAAUGCAGUACAAGAGCAGCUUGUGGUAUGAGAUGAGGUAUGGCCGUAUCACAGCUUCAAAGGCACAUGAAGUGAGCGUAUGUCAUACACCUGAUGGUUCAUUGGUUGCUACUAUAAUGGGCGCAAAAAUACCAGAUACUAUUGCAAUGAAAAGAGGUAGAAGUUUGGAGCUAUCGGUCCGGAAGACAGUUAGUACAACAUUGAACAAAAAAAUCAGAACAUGUGGACUUUAUGUAUGCCAAGACAAUCCCAUGCUUGCAGCAUCUCCUGAUGGUUUAUUGAAAGAUGCCACUGUUGAAAUAAAAUGCCCUACCAAAGCAAAAGCUAAGAACAAUUAUUUAAAAAAUGGAAUUAUUUCAGAGAAAUGUAAGGCACAGGUUCAAUUACAGAUGCAUGCAACUGGUAUGAAAAGAUGUUAUUUUUGUGUUGCUGAUAGCAACUUUGAAGAAACAAAAAAUGUAGAUAUUAUUCUAGUGAAGUACGAAGAUGAUUAUGUCAACAACUUAAUAAAAAACUUGUAUAUUUUUUGGAAAAAAAUAUAUCCUAUUUUGUAUCGUAGCACUAGUCUGUGA